UUCUUGCAUGCAUGUUUGUCACGUGUGAAAUUCAAAAAUGCGAAUAAUUUCAACAAAAUUUUCCAAUUUUAUUGCAAUAAACAGUGUAACUAAUAAUAAUAGGAAUAAUGUUGAAACAAUCAAACAUAUACCUGUUUUGGCCAAAGAAAUAACAAAAAUAUUAUCACCAAAAGAUGGACAAUGUUUUCUGGAUUUAACAUUUGGUGGUGGUGGUCAUACAAAACAUCUUUUAUCGACAAAUAAAAAAAUCACCAUUUUUACAUUGGAUCGUGAUCCUUAUGCAUUCGAAAAAGCCGAAAUAUUAGCCAAAACGAUUGAACAGAAUAAUCAUUUUGGCCAAAAAAUUAUUCCAAUGUUGGGUCGAUUCAGUGAGAUUGAUGAUUUGUUGAAAAAAAUCCAAAUUCCUUAUCAUUCAUUUGAUGGUGCUAUUAUGGAUCUUGGUGCAUCAUCAUUUCAAUACGAUAAUCCACAACGUGGUUUUUCAUUUCGUAAUGAUGGACCACUUGAUAUGCGAAUGGAUGGUGAGCGAAAUCAACGAUUACCAUCAGCAGCCGAUAUAAUCAAUACGUUGAAUGCUGAUGAAUUGGCUAAAAUUUUUAAAGUUUAUGGUGAAGAACGACAUGCUAAAAAAAUUGCCCAAACAAUUGUUGAUUCACGUUUCCUAAUGAAACGUUUGAAUACAACCAGAGAAUUGGCCGAAUUGGUUCAAUCGGUUUUAUCCAGAUCAAACGAUAUUUCAGCAACAAGAGAUAAAAUUGGACGACCAGUACAUCCAGCUACGAAAAUAUUUCAAGCAUUACGUAUAUUUGUUAACAAUGAAUUGAACGAAUUGAAUUCGGUAAUACCGGUGUUGAGCAAAUAUUUAAAGAUAUCAGAAGAAUCAGACGAUAAAGAUGAUGACAACGAAUUUAUUGCUCAAAAACGUUCGAAUGGUGGUCUUCUUGCAAUAAUUUCAUUUCAUUCACUUGAAGAUAGAAUUGUCAAAAGUCAUUUUGUUAAUCAAUCGGAUAAUAAUCUAAUUUUGCCACCCAAAAGUAAUGAUUAUAUUAUUCAUCCAACUAUUAAUGAUAUUUAUCAAACACCUAAAUCGCUCAAAAUAUGGAAAUUUUAUCAGAAAAAAUUUCAACUGCCUACAGAAACGGAAAUAUUGUUAAAUCCACGCGCUAGAUCCGCUAAAUUACGAGUAGGAUUAAGGAUAAAUGGUUAAAAUUGUAAAUAUUUUAUUAAAGAUUUAUAAGUCAUAUGA